CUUUGGGUGUUUGAUUUUGACUGGACGGUCGUGGACGAGAACAGCGACACCUGGAUCCAACGAUGUGCGCCUGGAGGCGCCCUGCCCCCCGCGGUUAAGGAUUCGUAUAUUCCACCCGACUGGGUGGGCUACAUGAACCGCGUGCUGAGCUUCCUAGCAGAGCACGGCGUGACCCCAAAUGACCUCCAGGCCCAGCUUCAGGUCCUAGCAGUAGCAGGCGGCCCGGCUGCAGGUACCUCCGUUUCAAGGGACCUGUCCCCGCUCAGGGGUUGCCAGCAUGCCGUCAUCUUGUCAGAUGCGAACAGCCUCUUCAUUCCCUGGAUUCUGGACGUGGACCGCGGGGAGGGUGUCAGUCCGGGGGUCGUGCGGCCUCUGUCGGGUAUGUUCCUCCGCAUCCUCACCAACCCGGCGGCCGUGGAUACCGCUACCGGCGCCGUCCGCGUCUCGCCGCACCACGGAGCGACCCACGGGUCCGCCGCACCGCCGCACGACUGCCCCCGCUGCCAUCCCAAUCUCUGCAAGCUCACUGCGCUGCGGCGGUUGCUGGACGAUCAGGCCUCGCGCGGCGUGUCGUACAGACAAGUGGUGUACGUUGGCGACGGCCGUAACGACUUGUGCCCCUGCCUAGGGCUCGGGCCAGGUGACGUGGCAAUGCCAAGGCGGGGCUUCCCGUUGCACAAGCUGCUG